GUUCGACAGUGUGUCAAUAUGGCUUACCAGAACAACGAGAAAUUACCAGUCUUUGCUUCUUUGAAAGACUCUCCCUCAGCCAUGACCAAGAAAGGAGCAUACGCUGCCGUCUCUUACAUGGUUUCGGCAGAUAUGAAGUGAGGAAGAGAAGCAAUGGCAAAGAGUGGAAAGAACCGAUUUUGAGGAAUGGGUUUUGACUGGGAAAGGCACAUCAUGAUGUACUUAAAGAGAUAAAGUGGCGGGGCCAUGGAAGAGCAAAAGGAGUUCAUAGUGGAUUUAUGAUGUGAAUGAGGGCCACAAAUAAUAGAGUUUCUGCAGAACUAAAUUGUAGUGGAGAGGGUUUUCAACUUUUUGAUUAUAAAGACGUGACUAUAGAGUACACACACCGUUGUUUAUAACACUUUGAUGUUGGGGAUAUUGAGAAACAUUUUGUCCUUCAGCUCUCUAGCCUUCUUAUAUGUAUAUAAAUAGUAUAUGUACUAUAUGUAUGUGUUGUAUGCUUAAACAUAUAUGGACAUUAUGUAUGUACAUGUUUGUGUAUCUAUAACAUGGUCAAAUUCAAGGAUUUUUUUUUUUGGGUGGAUAAUAGUAGAGCUCAAGUCUCUACCUUACUUAGACUUGAUCAUUAUCUGGGUUUGACCAUUGCUAAUGAUUUUUCAGAAAGGCUGCUAUGUAUUCCCUGUGAAUAUAUAACUACAUUGCUCUACUCUGUUUUGCAGUUCUCUUGGUACUAUUCAACAAAGCAGCUCUGUCUUCAUAUAGAUUCCCAUAUGCAAACGUCAUUACAUUAUUUCAGAUGAUAUCUUCAUUGGCAUUGCUUUACGCAUUAAAACUCUGGAAGAUUGUUUCUUUCACAGUCGAACCACAGAGCAAUACUAAUAAAAACCCAGCAACUCUAAUACCAUUGAAGACAUUAGUUUACACUCUCCCUCUUGCAAUAUCAUAUUUGCUCUAUAUGUUGGUUACCAUGGAAUCGGUUCGUGUUGUAAGUGUCCCAAUGUACACCACUCUCAGAAGAACUACAGUAGCUUUUACAAUGAUUGUAGAGUACUUUUUGUCAGGGAACAAACAUUCAUAUUCAGUUAUUGGCAGUGUGGGGAUAAUAGUACUUGGUGCAUUUAUCGCGGGAGCUCGUGAUCUAUCAUUUGAUGCCUAUAGCUAUGCUGUUGUUUUUGUAGCAAACAUUUGUACAGCUGUGUAUCUUGCUUCAAUUGCUCGUAUUGGUAAAUCCAGUGGCCUUAGUACCUUUGGACUCAUGUGGUCCAAUGGUAUAAUAUGUGGACCAAUCUUGCUCUUUUGGACAUUAAUCAAUGGUGACCUCAGACUAUUGUUAAACUUUCCUUAUUUAUCCUCUCUUGGAUUUCAGGUUGUUAUGCUUCUUUCCUGUGUUUUGGCUUUCUUAAUAAACUAUUGCGUAUUUUGGAAUACCACACUAAAUUCAGCUCUCACACAGACUAUUUGCGGUAAUUUGAAGGAUCUUUUUACUAUUGGACUAGGCUGGAUAAUUUUUGGUGGGCUUCCUUUUGAUUUGUUAAAUGUUGUUGGACAAUCCCUUGGUUUCCUUGGGUCCUGUUUGUAUGCCUACUUUAAAAUCCGAGGUAAGUAAGAUGGACUUUGCUACAUGAGAGCCUUCCUUAUUACAGGUGGUCGAAAUCGUGAAAUGGCUGGUCAAUAAUUCUUCCUGCAUCAGCUGAGAAAUUUUGACUUGGUUAUUAAAGUUUUAAGUAUGAUUAUUUAUGUUAUAAGCAACUUCUGUUAUAGAUGUCAGAGAGUUAUCUUGGUUCAAAAUAUGAGCCGGUGUAAUGCGAGCAAUUGUUUCUAAAAUCAUAAAAGGAGCAUGGCCUUAAUCUCUAGUGAUCAGUUGUUAAACACAGACAUCCUCAGUUUUAUGUAAAAUCUUUAAUAUGGGGUUGCAAUAAUACUGUGGCUUAGCUCAUAAAAUUGACUUGAUUUUAGGCUUCUUUUGGUCAACAAGUAUAUUCCUUUUUCACUUUGCUUUCAGUAACAGUCCUAUCUGUUGUAAUGUUUGACAACACCAGGACUUGAAUUUACCAAUUACAUGUUUUUUCUAGUCAACUGAGGUUAUGAAAAUUUAAUUCUACUCAGAUAAUUGGCUGCAGUUACAUCAUAGAACUGUACAGAGAAGUUGGCUUUGGUUCUCAAAUGAAAAUUUUACUGUCA